CGAAUGGUAGGCACCUUGUCGUGGUGCAGGGGCUUAAGUCGCAAGGCAUACUCGGCACCCCCCAACCGGUGUGGGUGGUGUCAGCUGGGCACUGCCCAUGCAAGUUGUCGGGUGCCGCAUGCGUGCGGCAACCAAGAGCUACCACCUCCUAAUCCAGGGUGUUAAGCGACUCCCGUGCCCAUUGGAUGAUUUGCAGCCAGGAGGAAAAUUCGGCUGUAUUUUAACGGAGCCUUCCCAACACCGGGCCGAAUUGGGAAGUAACGGUGGCCUUACCGCGGCAUGGGGCUCUGGCGCGGCGGACCUUUUAGUUCCCCUAAAAACACAGAGACCCGACAGCUCACCUCGUUGAGCCAAGGGUCGUACGAAAAAGAAUGAGCGAAACAACAACAACAACCACUAAUAACUCAACGACAACCAUGACACGGCAACGAACGAAGCAGACGACAAUGGACAACGGCAACAACAGCGGUACUGUUGCAGGCAAGGGAGGCUCAGGGGCUAAACGUAAGUUCAGCUUCCUGGACGCCCUAUCGCCUGAUGAGCGAGCGCUGUUUGAGGAGCAUGCGAGAGACGAUGAUGAUGACAUGCCCUCAUGCAGCGGUGCUCAACAGGCGGCAUCCACUGCACCCGCUAACAACGCAGCGGACCACUCCGCAACUCCUCAAACCGGGAUCAGCCCAGAGGAAUCGCAACAAUCUUGCGCAGCAGGAGGCACGCGCAAAAGGAAAAGGAGGCGCAGGGGAAGACUGCCCCCUCUACCACCAUUAGGUCGUCCGGGUGGGAACGAUGACCCCCGUAGGCGGGGUAUGAGUGGUGCCAGCCUAAAAUGGUACCUUAGGCACCUCCAGGAGGGAAGAACUCCUGAGGAGGCCGAGAGACUGGCAAAGAACAGAGUCAGGGGCAACAGUGCCUCCCCGACCACGAAGGUGCGUAAGGGCGCAAACAUCGCAUCCAACUGUAAAGGGAGCAGCGGGAUUCGGGGCAGCGGUCGUGUCAACGCAAAUCCAACCGCUAGGACUGGUAGUGUCAGGAUAGCAACCCCGGCAGCCAAACGCAAGAGCAGCCAAAUUACGCCACAGGAGCCACCAAACUCUAAGAGACAACGGGGCAGCUACGCCCAGGUAGCUGGAGGCCAGAUCUCUGCACCGAAUCCUUCGCGGGCAGCUGAGGGACAGCGUAGAUAUGCGGAUGCCUUAAAGGGCAUACGGAUGGCUGUGCUGCCCCUGAACUACCCCGCGGAGAUUCUGGAAGCAGCGGAGCUUACCGCUCUACAAAAUCUCCUCAUGGAGGAGGUGUACAGGGGUUGCAAGAACCCUGUACGCUUCCUUGGGGUGCACUUCAAGGGCGGAUUUAUGCAGAUCGACUGCAGGAAUGAAGACAGCGUCAACUGGCUAAGAGAGAUCGCUCCCAAGCUGACUGGCUGGAAAGGGCCCAGUCUUUGCGUCAGGAGGGGCGAGGACAUCCCGAUCAUGCACAGUAUGACGGUACUCCUCCCAAGAUGCGAAGGGAAACACUUCGAAUUUGCUCUGGGGCUCCUCAGGAAUCAAAACGGAGGGAUCAAUACCUCGGCCUGGCGAGUUGUUGACAGCAAAAUGGAGGGUGCCGGAUGGAGGUUAAACCUGUGCGUGGACGACGAGUCCUACAAAGUCAUCCGAAAGGAGGGCUUCCGCCUGAGCUAUCGGUAUAGUGAGGUAGUCAUAAGGCCCUACAAACCGAAGACUACAGAAGAGGAAGUCGAGAAGAUGCAGGUGGACGAGGAAUCUACUCGUCCCUGCACCAUGACAGUCGAGCAGGUUGCAACUGCGAAAACCACAGCGGAAGUCCCAGCAGUGAAGCCGACCACGGAAGAGGGGGAGCUACCCUCUACGCAGGAGCUCUUGGAGGGACUCGAAGACAUAGGUACUGCGGGGGACGGGGCAGAUGAGGACCAGUUCCUCAUCGAACCGAUCCUAUAGUGGUCGAAGGCAUAAGAGU